AUGAGGUGCUUAGUUGUUCUCUUGGCGUUCGUCGCGUUUGGAGCCUGUGACAGCAGCAAACAAGCUGCCGAUCAGAAUCUCCUCAACAAGCAACAGGAUAUCAUCCAGCUGCUGCAGAAGAUCGGUCAGCCGAUCCCGAACCAGCACCUUCAGAACCUUGGCGUCUCUUAUGAGAUCGAAAGCAACUCCCAGCAAUAUGAUAACCCGAUCAUCGUGAAAUACUAUGCUGGCGCUGUCAAAGCCGGUUUGGUUCAGCCCAUGGGCACCGCCUACAGCAACUCCGUUAGCCAGCUGCGCAAAGAAGUGUCCCUUCUGCACAGAAUCUUGAUGAGUGCUAAAGACUACCUAACUUUCUUGAAGACUGCUGCAUGGGCUCGUGUUCACGUUAACGAAGGACAGUUCGUCAAGGCUUUGGUUGGUGCUGUAUUGAUGCGCUCAGACACUCAGGGUGUCAUACUCCCGCCAUCUUACGAGAUCUUGCCCCAACACCACUUGGACGCAAGAAUCAUCCAAGAAGCUCAAGACAUUAGCAUCCAAGGCAUCCACCAUGGCAUCCAACAGAGUAACAUUUUGAUCCCCGUUAACUACUCCUCUGUCCUGUCUGACGACGAACAACAGCUUUCCUACUUCACUCAGGAUGUUGGUCUUGCCAAUUACUACAGCUACCUCAACCUCGUCGGAUAUAUCUUGGAAGGCGAACAACAACAACAACAGCAGCAGAAGCAACAACAACAGCAACCGAUUGUCGCCAAAUACCUGCAACAAGUAGGACAUGACCAAGACACUAUCGGCUACGGAUCCAAAUACUUGUACCUUCAUCAACAACUCUUGGCCCGUUACGAAUUGAACCGUCUCGCGAACGGACUCGGCCCGAUUAAUGAAAUCGACUACACCAACGUUCAAUCGCUGUACCAGCCCCGACUUCGUAAUUUGAACGGUCUCGAGUUCCCCAGCCGUCCGGAAAACCUUCUACUCCAACCGCAGAAGAAUCAGCUUAUCCAACAUGUCCAAAUUCUAGAACAAAGAUUGAUGGAAGCCAUCGACUCCGGCCAUGUGAUCACUCCUCAAGGUAUCUUCCUCUCUCUCUACCAACCACAAGGUGUGAACAUCCUUGGUGAAUUGAUCGAAGGAUGUGGCAAGAGCAUUAACCCAAGAUACUACGGAAGUCUCCAAGCCGCUGCCCGCAAACUCCUCGGCAAUGCCCCUGAAGUACAAAACAUCUGGGACUACACACCAUCCACCCUUGAACUCGGCCAGACCGCUGUCCACGACCCAGCCAUCUACCAGCUGUUCAAGAAGAUCAUGAACCUUUACAACAGAUACCAAGAAUCUCUCCCAGCUUACCAAUGGAACGACCUCGUCCUUCCUGGUGUUACCAUCCAGAACGUAGACGUCAGCCAGCUUGUCACACUCUUCAACGACUACUACGUCGACCUGAACGCUGUCACCGCUCAACCUGGCCAGGAAAAACAGCAACAACAACAACAACAACAACAACAACAGCAACAGCAAAUUCAGCAACAGAUCAUGGCUCAUCUGAAGCGAUUGGACCACAGACCUUACCGAUACGAGAUCACUGUUCACAGUGAACACCCUGUCCCCAACUCGGUCGUCCGUGUAUUCCUUGGACCAAAACACGAUUACCAGGGCAAACCGAUUAGCAUCUCCAAGAACAAACAAUUGUUCGUCGAACUCGACCAAUUCAUCCAGAACCUCCAACAGGGCCAGAACGUGAUUGUCAGGAACUCCCAGCAGGCCUCAGGCCAAAGCUUCGACUGGCCAUCGGUUCAGACCAUCCAACAGGGCGUCAACAGUGCCAUCAGCUCCCAGGAACCGUUCUACAUCACCGAGCCACAACAGAUCUUCAGCUUCCCCGCUAGACUGUCGCUUCCCAAGGGUCAACCCCAAGGCCACCCGCUCCAGUUGCUCGUCGUGAUCUCCGGUCAAGCCCAAUUGGACGUACCAUACGGCCCAGUGAUCCCUGAACACGAUCUCACCUACCAAGAACAACAAUUCCAGAUCGUCGCGCCCGAACAAUACCAGCAAUUGAAACAACAACAAGGACAACUGCCCUCCGUAGGCGGAAUCCAACAGAACGUGGAAGUGCUGCCAGAGAACUGGGUAUUGGCUCAGCAAAAAAUCCAAGCCGUCAGGAACCACUACGCGGACGUCUACACUAAACACCGCGGACAGUACCCGUACAACAACAUCCAGAACCCGGUCGGCCAAGGUCUCGAGAUGACGUACACGAUCCAAAGCUACAGUAGCCAGCUGAACCCACAACAAUUAGCACUCCAAGGUAUCCAAGUGCAACCAGGCCAGGUGUCGCAGUCCGGACAACAGAUACCGAUCCAAGUUGCACAGGGUCUCCAAUACCAGCCGCUCCAAGCCAUUCAUGGACAAAUCCAACCGGUACUCCCGACCAGAUGGCAGAAAUACGCCGGCCAGUCUGUACAGACCGGCCAGCAGGCUAUCCAACAAGGACUCCAGCCUGUACAACAGGGUGUCCAACAAGCAUUGCAAGGUGUACAGGGUGUACAAUCGGGGGUGCAAGGUGUCCAAGGUAUGCAACCGGGUAUGCAAGGUCUUCAAGGCGUACAACAAGGAGUCCAACAAGGAGUCCAACAAGGCAUUCACCAAGGCGUCCAGGGUCUUCAAGGUGUACAACAAGGUGUUCAACAAGGUCUUCCAAUCGGCCCGCAAGGUCAACAGACCAUCAGCGUACCGUACAGCAUGCUCUUGGCCCAACAAUCAGGCUGGUCCAGCCAGAUCGGUGGCGGAGUCGCUUCCCAGAUAGCCAGCGGACAACUCCACGCGGGUGGUUUCCAAGGUACCUACGCUCAACCCCAGACCGUACAGGACAAGUCGGUCAGCGACUACUACCAGAACAAGCAGAUCUCCGCGAUCAUCGGCGGCGCCAUCUCUCUCGAUGGUAAACCCCUUGGCUUCCCGUUGGACCGUCCUCUCACCCCCGGCGCUCUCAGCGUUCCGAACGUCUUCGUGCGCGAUGUCCUCGUCUACCACGAGGGACAACCGACCAACGACAUCGUACAGUAA